UGGUAGCACCUGUUAACUGUCAGUGCAAUCAGCCUCCACGCACAGUUGACUGGCCAAGCUCUGAGCUAGCAUGGCCAUGGAGGCUGCACUCGUCAGCGUGGCCACGGGGGUCCUCAAACCAGUCAUACGGAAGCUGAUCGUUCUGCUCGGCAACGAGUACAAGCGUUUCAAGACAAUUCGCAAGGAGAUCAAGUCUCUCACUAAUGAGCUUGCCGCCAUGGAGGCUUUUCUCCUCAAGACGUCUGAGGAUGAGGAUCCUGAUGUGCAGGAUAAAGUUUGGAUGAAUGAGGUGCGAGAGUUGUCCUAUGACCUGGAGGAUGCCAUCGAUGACUUCAUGCAAAGCAUCGGUGACAAAGAUGAAAAGCCAGAUGGCUUCAUCGGGAAGGUCAAGAACUCCCUAGGGAAGCUAGGGAAGAUGAAGGCUCGUCGUCGGAUAGGUAAAGAGAUUCAGGAUCUGAAGAAACAGAUCAUUGAGGUGGGUGAUAGGAAUGCAAGAUACAGGACUGGUGUAGCUAUCUCCAACAAUAAGAAUGCAACCGUUGACCCAAGAGCUCUUGCUAUAUUUGAGCAUGCAUCGAAGCUUGUUGGAAUCGAUGAACCCAAGGCUGAGCUGAUCAAAUUGUUGACCGAAGAUGAUGGGUUUGUGUCAACACAACAACAACCAAAGAUAGUCUCCAUCGUUGGAUCCGGAGGAAUGGGCAAAACAACUCUUGCAAACCAAGUGUAUCAAGAGAUCAAAGGGCACUUCGAGUGCUGGGCCUUCUUUUCUGUGUCGCGGACCGCAAACAUGAUGAGUAUCAUGAGGACUAUUCUUAGUGAAGUUAGCGGUCAGGAUUAUUCUAACACGGAAGCAGGGAGUCUACAAACACUCAUUAGCAAGAUCAAUGACUUCCUAGUAGAUAAAAGGUACUUUGUUGUUGUUGAUGAUAUAUGGGACGUGGAUACCUGGGAUAUUAUUAAGUGUGCAUUCCCUGCUACAAGUUCUACCAGUAGAAUAAUCACGACUACUCGUUUAAACAAUGUCGCUCAUUCAUGUUGUUCAUCAUUCAUUGGUUGUAUUUACAAUAUAAGGGCUCUUGAUAUGGUCCACUCGAGACAUUUAUUUCAUGGAAGGUUAUUCAAGUCUGAUGAAGAUUGCCCUUCAUACCUUCAAGAAAUUUCUGAGCAGAUACUGGAAAAAUGCCUUGGGUUACCUUUGGCAAUCAUUGCUAUAUCUGGUUUGUUGGCUAACAGAGAAAAAACAGAAGAUCUAUGGAAUCAAGUUAAAGAUUCAAUUGGUCGUGCACUUGAAAGAAAUCCUAAUGUCGAAGGAAUGAGGAAGAUAUUGUCACUUAGUUACUUUGAUCUGCCUCUUCAUCUAAAAACAUGUCUCUUAUAUCUCAGCGUAUAUCUAGAAGAUUCUACUAUUAAGAAGAAGGGCCUGAUAAGAAGAUGGAUUGCUGAAGGAUUCAUUCAUAGCGAGCGUAGAUACACGACAUAUGAGUUAGGAGAAAAGUUUUUUAACGAACUACUCAAUAGGGGUUUGAUCCAACCUAGAAAGACAAAUGAAUAUGGCAUAGUGAAGAGUUAUCGAGUUCAUGACACAAUUCUUGAUUUCAUCAUAUCUAAGUCUAUAGAAGAGAACUUUGUUACUUUACUUGGUGUUCCCAUUUUGACAAUUGGGAAACAAAUGAAAGUUGUUCGUCGACUCUGUCUACAAGGUGUAAAGGAAGAAAAUUCAAUAGUAGUAACAACAGGUCUCGUGUUGUCCCAUGUCCGAUCACUUAUUGUGGGUAGAGGUCUGUUGGAAAUCCCUUCUUUGGAAGAGUUCAGACAUCUGCGUGUUCUCGACUUGAGCUACCAACCUUUGGAAGAUCAUCAUCUUGAAAGUAUAGUGAGGUUGUUCCAGCUGAGGUAUCUGAAUCUCAAAGGUACAGAAAUAAGCAAGUUCCCAGAACAAAUCGGGCGUUUAGGGUGCUUGGAGAUUCUGAACCUAAGACGUACUUAUGUAUUGGAAUUACCUGCAUCUAUUGUUAAUCUCAGAAAAUUGAUGCAUCUACAUGUUAAUGAAUUUGUUAAAUUUCCUGAUGGGAUUGCAAAGAUGCAAGCACUAGAGACCUUAGAAGAUGUGAGGGUCUCCAUUCAGCCAUUUGACUUCCUGUGUGGCCUUGGCCAACUAAAGAAUUUGAGGAAUCUGCGGCUUAUCAUUGAUUUGAAAGUUGAUUCUGACACUGAGGAUACAAAUAUGGUUGGGGAGGAGCACAACAAAGCUAUUGUCUCCUCCCUGUGUAAGCUAGGCACCCAGAAUCUCCGCUCCCUAAGUUGGGUCAUCUAUUUUGGAACGGAGGGAGUACAUGAGGAAUCUUUGUGCCUGUCUACCCUCAAGGACCUUACUAUCUAUUCUUGGGCCUUCCCACAGGUGCCGACAUGGGUGAGCUCCCUCAGAAACCUCCAACGGCUAUGCCAUGUUGUGAAGGGGCUCAAGCAGGGCGACCUCUGCACCCUUGGGGAUUUACCCAGUCUGCUCGUUCUGUAUCUAGUGGAAGAAACAGAGUCAAAUGGAAAGCUCAGAAUCAGUGGUGAAGUUGGGUUCCGAUUCUUGAAGAUUUUUAUUUAUCGUGGAUGUUCUAAACCAGUAGAUAUGAUGAUUGGGACAGGGUCCAUGCCAAAGCUUGAAAAACUAGAGCUUCAUGAGUUUCGCAUGGUUGAAGAUAACUCUUUGGGCUUUGGAAUUGAGAACCUCCCUUGCCUCACUAGUGUCAAAUGCAUUGGUGUUGAUGGUGACGAUGGCAUUGUUGAAGCCGUGAAAACUGCCAUGGAGAGGGCAGCCAGCGCACAUCCCAACCACCCUAGUCUAUGCUUUCGGAGAGAUGGGCAAUACUUUGAAUGAAUAAUAUAAACAAGCCAAUUACC